AUGGAGUUUGAUUCGACGCUGCAAUCAAAGGGUGAGCCGGCGUUAGAAAUCAUUGUUGAAAAAGAUGAUGCUGUAAGCAAUGGUGGUGCCUGGAGGACAACAAUUGAUGCCUGCUUACCUAUACUUGACCUCAUUGACACACAGAGGUCUAUUCCAUAUGGCAUUCAGCAAAAAGGCAGCUCAUGGGAAAAUGGCACAACAAUGAACUCAAGUUGGGAACAAAAUGCUAGUGCUGCGAAUGAUUCUGGUGACUGGGGAGGCUGGGGUAGUGGAGUUGGAGCUGCUGCAAAGCCAGCAGAUCAAGAUAAUUCAUGGGAAGUGUAUGCUAAGGUGUCGAACAAUUCCACUGAUUGGGGAGGUUGGAGUAGUGGAGGUGGAGCGACUGCAAAGCCAGCAGAUCAAGAUAAUUCAUGGGAAGUGCAUGCUAAGGUGCGGGACAAUUCCACUGAUUGGGGAGCCUUUGCUUGGAAUCCUAGGGUAAUCAGGCUGCAACACCAGUGGGCAAUUCAGAUGCCACCAACUCAAGAUAGUGUCUGA